CUCUUGGACUCUCGGCUCCACACUCCCAUGUACUUUUUCCUAGGUAACUUGUCUCUGGUGGACUUUUGUUAUUCCUCAGCUGUUACACCAAAGGUCAUGGCUGGACUUCUUAUAGGAGACAAAGUAAUAUCUUACAGUAACUGUGCUUCACAGCUGUUCUUUUUUGCAGGCUUUGCUACUGUGGAAGAUUUCCUGUUGGCUGCCAUGGCCUAUGAUCGCUAUGCAGCAGUGUGUAAGCCUCUGCACUAUGCCACCACCAUGACUACUAGUGUGUGCACAGGUCUGGUCACAGGCUGUUAUGUUCUUGGUUUUUUGAAUGCCAUUGCCUAUACUGGGGACACAUUCAGUCUCCCCUUUUGCAAGUCCAAUGUGGUCCAUCAUUUUUUCUGUGAUAUGCCAGCAGUCAUGGCCCUCUCUUGCUCUGAUAGACAUGUAAAUGAGCUGGUUUCUGUUUGUAUAGCCAGCUUCAACAUCUUUUUUGCUCUCAUAAUAGUUUUGGUGUCCUACAUUAUCAUUUUCACCACCAUCCUAAAGAUGCACUCUGGUGCAGGACAUCAGAAGGCUAUUUCCACCUGUGCCUCCCACUUCACGGCAGUCUCCAUUUUCUAUGGGACCAUCAUCUUCAUGUAUUUGCAGCCCAGUUCCAGUCAUGCCAUGGACAGUGAUAAGAUAGUGUCUGUGUUCUACACCAUGGUCAUCCCCAUGCUGAACCCUCUCGUCUACAGUCUGAGGAACAAAGAGGUCAAGAAUGCAUUCAAAAAGAUUGUUCUGAAGCUAAAAUAA